AUGAAGCUCCUGACCUGCCGACAACUUUGUGGUCGGAUUCUAAUUGAGCUAUCAUCUGUUGAAUGGGAAAAGAAGAUAAAUGACAAAACAAUUCUUUCGGCUUUAAAUUCAAUUCCAUUUCCUCCAAUAAUCGACGAAAAAUCAUCAAAUAUAAGCAAAAAAUUAGAAGGAAAGCAAGAACUUUCAUCAAUUUUUAAAGAUGUUGGUUUUUCGUUCCCUUUUCGCGCUGAUUUAAUCGAAUAUAUAAUCAGCCAUCCCGAAUUAGUCACAUACAUUCCGAAUGUGCAUGCACAAAUAGUUUAUUUCACAUACCUUUCAUGGAUACAAAGUCUAGAGAAAAAAAAUAGUACAAAAUAUUCACUUUCUUUAUUACAAUUGUUUUUGCAGCGAUCUUCCGUCGAUGGAUUCAAAGACAUCAAUAUGUAUGCAUUCUAUGAUGUUUUUAUAUUUUCUCUUUCAUCUUCAGAUCUGUCAUUCGAAAAACUUCAUGAAAUCAACAGCGUAUUAAUCAAAUUCCUCACAAUUGGUCAGCCUCCUGUUUUUAUGUACCAAUUAAUACCUCGUACUGUUAAAAAACUCUCAGAUUCCAAAAAUCCAGACUUUUCAAACUUCAUUUGUUCAAUUAUCAAUCUUAAAGCUAUCAAAAAGGAAUACCCAGAUGAAGUAUUUUUAGAUACAAUAUCCAUAUUAAAUGAUUUACUUGUCGAUUUUAAUACUCAAGUCGUAGAUAUGUGGUGUAACUCUGCACCACAGCUUCCUCCACUUGUUACCCUUCCAUCAAUUACUUCAUUAGUAAGCGGAGUCAUCAAUUACGUUGUUCGUUUUGGCAAAUUUGUUUCAGUAGAGAAAAACGUCGAAAAUGUAAUUAAAAUAGACGACAAACACACUUUUCAAAUCAAUCCAGACAUAGUACCGAACCCACAAUUGGUCAAUGUUGAGAUCACAAAACAAAGAUAUUUAAUUCCGACACCUAACUUAGUAGCUGAAUAUUUACCUGAAGGAAUGACAAAAGCAUUGGAUGGAUUCGUCAGAAUUGCCCGAAAUUCUAAGGAACUCCGUGAUAUGAUUAACAAUGCCAUCGUAAAUUUCUUCGAUGAAAACAAAGAUCAUGAAAAUUGGUUGGCGAUUUAUACUUCAUUUUUGAGUAUCUAUCGUACAGUCAAAUGCAGAAAAGAUUUUUUACUUCCUUAUUCUGUAUUAAUUGAUUCAAGAAUAUGGAGUCCUGAAGUUGCUAUUGAUUCUCCAGAGCAUAAAGGUCUUGCAAUAAAUAGCAUACGUCAUUGGACUCUUGAGAUGCUUAUGUCUCGUGGAAUUAAAAAUGUCAGAGAAAUUUUGAAUCUUUGUAUAGCAUAUCCACGUUUGGAAGAGGAAAUCAUAUAUAGAAUCAUGGAUUUUGCACCAAAACUUAAGUUUAAUGAUAAAAUUGUUGAAGAAUUUACAACAGUCAUCACAUAUCUUUUGUAUUUCUAUCAAACAUGUCCUUACACUAAUGAAGAACAGGAGCAAGCAGCUAAUGGUGUUAGAAUAGCUCUGUUUUGUUUGCUGGAUCUCUUCAUAAGUAAAGAAGAUAAAUUAGGUGCUUUCCUGAAUAGAGAAGAAUUUGCAGAAUCAUUCAUUAUGUUGAUAUUUGAGAAAGGUGUAGAUCAAUACGUCAUGGAUAAGCUCAAAAUAUAUGUUAAAACAGCAGAUUAUAAAAAUUCAUUAAAUCCAUGUCGUCUAAAGUUCGUUGAAAUAGCAGGAACAGUCUUUGGUAACCUCAACCACGCAGGAAUGAUGGAUAUCGCUAAGUCAAUCAUUCAUUUAUUCGUCGAACAGAACAUUUCUAUGCCAGAAAUGAUCAAAGAACUUGCAUCAGGAUUCUUAUUAUUACCUAAGAACGAAGACAGUGCUAAUUUCAUUGUUGACGCAUUAGAUUUCUUAGUUAUUUCAGCCGAAAGUCGCUCAUUAACAGCAACUCCAUUAGCAGCAAUUGAAGAAGCGAUUUCACAUGUUUUCGGAGAACCAACACAAGACUUAUUCAUCCGAUUAGUACAAUUAUUAGCAGGUCAUCCUCUUGACUCUGCUCAACCAUCAUUCCUGAUCAAACAACCAACAGCUUUGACAUUGAUUUUAGGUGUUUUCAAAGACACCCAAUUUUUGUUGACAAUUUUUGACUUCAUUGCAAAACUUUGUGAAUAUUCAUCAUUAAACUGUGCGGCAGCAGCCAUUGGUGGACUUAGUGAGAUGUUGAUUGAGUUCAUGCUUGAAUGGCGAAACGAUGAAACAAUUGAACCAAGACAAUUUGCAUCAUGCAUGAGUUUAUUGAUGAUCAUUGUUAUGACAUCAUGUACAGUUAAUGUUGCACGAAUGUUCAUCUCAUUGUUGUGUCCUAUCGAAGGCCGAACUAUUCCUCACACACAGAAUUUGAUGUUGAAAGUUCUCAACAAGAUGUUGAUUGAUGGUCAAAACAGACCAAGAGAUAGUUUACCAUUAGUUCCACAAGGUAAAUACGCAACGUUCUCAAGUAUGCCACAAUCAUUUGUUGUUGUCUUCUGGAUCUUUAAUCCAUUGAGUGAUAAAUCUCCUCAAUCAAUCAUCGCAGAAAUUGGUGACCUUAAAAUCCUUGUCACAGAUUACAGAAUCAAAGUCAACAAAGUGAAAACAAACGUUGAAUUAGACGCCAAGAUCUGGAACAUGGUCUCAAUCAAAGUUAACAUUGAUGACAAAGAAUCAGAUGUCACAGUUAUGGUUAACAACAAAGAAGAAACAAAAUCUAAUUUCAAAUUACCAAAACUAUUGUUUGAAGAAAAACAAUUGUUCGUUAUUGGUGGAGGAACUAAUGAUAAGAAUUACGCAUUGUUAGGUAAUUUUGGGAUUUUCAAAGAUACAGUUCAACUUGAUAAACUAAUGAAGUCAUCACUUCGUGGAUCAAUGGAGAAUAAUCCAGACUGCAUUGUUUACAUGCAGCCAUUCCAAGCAGAUGGUUUCAUUUACAUGAAAUCAAAUUCAAGAGUUGAACAAGGAAAAAUCGAAUGUCCUCCUUUCGUUUCAUUCGCUGAUGUUUUAGUUGAAAAGUGCGGAAUUGAAAUGAUUCUUCCUUUAUUUGCACAAUGGGACAUGCCAUACUCAACAGGUAAAGAGAACACAAUUAAGAACGACACAUUGGAAAUCCUUACAAACUGUCUGAAAAUGUCAAGUGAUUCACAAAAAUUGUUUGCUGAAGUUGGUGGAUUCCGAAUUUUGUCACAUUUAAUUAUAUCAUCGAAAAUCGAGAACAUCGAUUUCAAAUUGUACCAAGCAAUGGUCCAAAUCCUUAACUCUCUCCAAGAUGGAGAAGCCAAGCACAACAUGCUGAUUGCUAUUAUAUUCAACCUCCAAAUUUGGCUGAAAACAUCAGCAGUUGAUCAUAUCAUGAUCAUCAAACAUUGGGCAAGAGUUAUUGUUAAGAAUUAUUACAACGACUGCAAAGAUCUAUUGACAUUCACUCACAUCUUGUCAAUGCUUAUUAGUAACUAUUGGUAUUCACAAGCAGAAUCAUUGAUACAUCAAAAUACAGAGAGAUGUAGAAAUGAAGUUUUGAAUGUCACAGAAGUCAGAAAAUAUUUAUUUGAAAUUUUGAAACAAAUUUCACUUAAGAAUUUCGAUACAAACUCGCUGAAGAGUUUAGUAUCGCAUAUCUUGACAUGUGGCGAAAUCAACCAAUGCUUGGAUUUGAUCAAUUUCUUGCAAUAUUUGCUUGGCGAUGAUAAUGUUUGGAAAGAUAUUGAAGAACCAGGAAAAUAUAUUUCACUUUUAGUUUAUUUGUUUAACCUGAAAAGUGAUGACAUUGUUUUAUCCACAUUAUCAUGCAUUGUUUAUGCAUUUCGACACAAUAAAAUGAAUCCUAUCACUAUGAAGGAUGAAGUCGAAAUCAUGUUGCAUCAAGUUGGUUCAUAUUUCUCAAGAACAACAUUAGUUGACAUAUUCAUUGAAAUCCUCAACAACAAUGUUCCAGAAUUACUUCCUCUUUUAUCAUGGAUGACACUGAACAAUGGCCGACCAAUUAUUUUACCACAAAUCUUGAAAUCAUCUAAAAUGUUAGUUACCAAUGAUUUGUGGUGUUAUUGGCCAUUAAUCAGUUGCUAUAAAUGCCAAGAACAAGAGAGCAAAGACCUUCUUAAGUAUUUGUUAGACUGCAAUGUUCAAGGUGUUUUGACUAAUUUAUUAGCAGCUGCUAACAUUGUUGGAUUGGCAUUGAAAGAAGACAGAAUCAAGAUGAUGAGAAACAUUUUACUUUUAGCAUCAAACAACGAAACAUAUGAUGAAGAAUACAUCAAAUGUGCACAAUUCUUUUUGUUAUACCGAGAAAGAAAUGUUUCUAAAACAUAUUUAGAAACGGUCUAUGAAUCAUCUCCUUUCAAUAAUACUGUUAAUAAUGAUGAUUCUGGCUCUCUUUUGAUGACAUCUACAUCACAAGCAGAAAUUGAAACAAACAAACCAGUUUUGGAUGAAAUCAACAUCCAAAUCACAGAAACACAAAAAGAAAAAGACAUCAAACGACACUCAUUGAAUGUUGCCAAUUUAGCGAAGAAUGUUGGAAACUUGAGCUCUUAUAACUCAGAUACUGCCGAAAGUACACUGAGUUAUCUUUUCCCAGUUCACGAAGAAAGUAACGAUACAGGAAAAGCACGAAGAGUUUCAUUAUUAUCAGUUUCCUCAUUUUCAAAACCAUCAAGGAGAAGAAACAUAUCUCCAAAGAAGAUGAAAGCAGUUAUUAUGCCAAGUGAAAUGGACAAGAAAGUUAUUGACAUUGCUAAGCAUCCAUUCAACUACAUCUUCGGUUUGAAUUGGACAGAAGAUGGCAAAUGGGAAGAUUUCGAAAUUGCCAAAUCAUAUUUGCAGAAAUACAUCAGUCACAAACUCGAAAUCACAGCAGAAUCACAAAUCAUCACCAGUUUGUUUAUCAAGUUUGGAGGUGAUAUUGAAAGUGAUUAUUUCAACAACACAAUUCCUGUCAUGAAAGCUAAGAAACAACUUGAAGAUAAUCAACUUAGUUUGUACUUGAGUUUGUCUGAAGAUGUUGCACAAAGUUACAACAUUAAUUUGGCAUUAAGUCCCAUCCGAUUCAUGCAUCAUCUUCUUAAGACAAACAAAAGGAAUGCGGAUAUCAACUUCGAGAAUCUUGAACAAGCGUCUAGUUUAGCAAGUGUUGCUGCAAACGAAAUUGCAGAUUACGAAGACAAAAUAUCAACAGCAAAAACACACUCAGCUCAUUUAUGGUCACAUCUUUGGCAAUGCAUGACAUUUUCACAUGCACCAUGGAGUCGUUCUCUUCCUGCACAACACUCUGCAAUACACUACAAGAAAGACAUGAGUUACUGUGGUCUAAUGCCAUUGAAACUGAAGAAGAACAGACAAUUCACAGACCACAAACACGAAUCGUUAGUUCGCGAUACAGGUGAUGAAGUUACCGCCGAAAUCAAAUUGGAAGAAUACAAGAAAGAACUUGCAUUACAGUACCAAAAACACGCUCCUUCCGGUCUUUUAGAUGUUUUGGUUGAAGACAAAGAAGAAAUCAACAACAACUUGAACAUGGCUGACCAACGCUGCAUCAUGGAAUUGCCAUGUGAACUCAUUGAAAUCUCACGAAGGAGACAAGGAACAUUUGCGAUUUUGGCAGACUCAGUUGUCAUUUCUAUCAAAGAGAAAACUAAAGUUUUUCCAUUGGAAAUGAUUUGUGAUGUUUUACUUCGAACUCAUUUGCAUCAUCAAACUGCAAUUGAAAUGAUCAUGAUCGAUGGAAGAAGUUAUUUAAUUAACUUCGAAAAUGUCGAUUCAUUAACAGUUCUCAAGCACUUCAAAGAACUUUGGCUUCCAAACAUCGCAAACUUGCAGACAUCCUCAUUCAUUGACUUCUUCCAGAGCAAGAAACUCACCGAUAAAUGGGUUUCAAGACAAAUCAGUAAUUUUGAAUAUCUUCUUUAUCUCAACAAAUUCAGUGGAAGAACAUUCAACGAUGCAAGUCAAUAUCCGAUCAUGCCAUGGGUUUUAUCUGAUUACACGUCAAGUGUUUUAGACUUGACAGAUCCACAAAGUUACCGAGAUCUUUCUAAACCAAUUGGAGCUAUCAAUGAAGAACGUUUGCAAGGCCUUGUUGAGAAAAUGGACAUUUUCUCACAGAUGGGAAUCACACCAUAUUUGUAUUCUUCAGGACCAAAUUGUCCAUUGGCAGUUUAUCUUUGGUUGUUGCGAAUGGAACCAUGUACAACAUUACACAUCGAGAUCCAAGGCGGUAAAUUCGACACAGCCGCAAGAUUGUUCUCAAGCAUUCCUAACGCAUGGAACUUGUGUACUAAGACACAAAACGAUUUCCGCGAACUUAUUCCAGAGUUCUUCUCAACACCAGAAUUCCUUGUGAACUCCAACAGAUUUGAUCUUGGGAAAACGCAAGAUUACGAAGUUGACGAUGUUGUUUUACCACCAUGGGCUAAUACUCCAUACGAUUUCAUCUACAUCAUGCGGAAAGCUCUUGAGAGUGACUAUGUUUCAAGUCAUCUUCAUCAAUGGAUUGAUUUGAUAUUUGGUGUUACACAAAAAUCAUCAGAAUGUAACAACAUUUAUAUGGAAGAGAUGUACUCCACCAUCUGGGAUAAUAAGAAGAACUUAGAGAAUCCCGAAGUUCGCGCCGGUAUUGAAGCCAUCCUUAUGCAUGUUGGUCAGAUUCCACAACAGAUCUUCACAAAACCACAUCCACAACGUUAUGCACAUGUUUCUAAUGCAUCGGUUCUUAGCAAAAACAUUUGUAUUGAUUUGAAUUUGCCUAAGACAUACGCAGCAAACAUAUCUAAACGGGGAAACGAGUACAUGAUCACACUGCUUAACUCAGAAGGUGGCAUCUGUGUUCGCAACAUGGAAUUGACAGAUAUUGCUAAAGCAUCACAUGGAUCAAAUGUCAAACCUCGAUCGAAAUCUAAUGCAUCAGCAUCUAGUCAAAUCUCAGCACCAACAUCUCCACACAUUAAGCGUAAUGAGCGUCGAAGCAACAUCGACAUUGUAUUUUCAGAACCAUGCGAGAUCACAUUAGAAAACAUGACAACAGACAAGAUGCAGAUUGAAGAUUUCAACGAACUUUGCUCAGAAACAUUCGCCAUUCCUAUUGCCGGUGGUUCAUUCGCAGUUAGUGGUCGUUUGACAAACGAAAUGUACAUUGCUGUUCCGGGUGGUCUUUGCAACAAAGCAUUGCAACAGCGCUCACGAAUUGUCUGCUCAGUGUGUGAUGGUAAAUACAUUGCCGUUGCGAACAGCGAAGCAGUCAUUUCUAUUUACAGGAAGAACUUCGAAAAGCCAAUUUUCAAAGUUCCAAGUUUCACAUCUGCUAUCCGAUGCAUGUGCAUUUCCGAGAAAUUCCACAUCAUUGUUGCCGGAACUAAAGACUCAUCAUUGUUGUUCAUCAGUUUGACAAGUGGCCAAAUUGCUAAAGUUGUUGAGUUGGAUGGAUUCCGAGCUAAACACGUCAUCAUCACACCAUCAUGGGGAUUUGUUGCCGUCCAUGCAACAAAGAUUGCAAACGGAAUGCUACAACAUCAGAUCUUCUUGAUUUCACCAAACGGCGACAUCAUUGUCAAGCGUAAGUCAGAUGCCGGUGUCGAAUCAUGGACUAGUGAAUCUACUUCAUCCGGAUUCGAUGUUAUUGGCAUGGUUGAUGAAAUCGGCAAUGUCUUUGUUUUCGAAGCAUUUUACGUUGAUCUUGGUAGGAAAGUUUUCUCUACAAACACGAAAGUUGUUUCAGUUCGAAUUGAUCCAGAAGAUAAUGUUUUGAUUCUUAUCUUAGAAACAGGAAAAUCUAUUAUGAUUCCAAUUUCUGUUGAUCUCUAA